AUGACCACCACGAGAUACUUUUUACCUUCCUCCUUAAACCUUACGACUUUUUUCCGCCGUCCCCAAUCAACUUCCGCCGCACCACACCACCUUUCCGCCGCCCCUAGUCAACUUCAGCCGCCUUACAUCGCCUUCCGCUGCCCUACCGAUCCUUCCGCCACGAUCUCCGCCCAUCUCCCUACCUCACGUCUCCUUUCCGCCGCCCCUAGUCCACCUCCGCCGCCCUACAUCGCCUUCCGCCGCUCUACCGAUCCUUCCGCCAUGACCUCCGCCCAUCUCCCUACCUCACGUCUCCUUUCCGCCGCUCCUAGUCAACUUCCGCCGCCUUACAUCGCCUUCCGCUGCCCUAUUGAUCCUUCCACCACGAUCUCCGCCCAUCUCCCUACCUCACGUCUCCUUUCCGCCGCCCCUAGUCAACCUCCGCCGCCUUACCUCGCCUUCCGCCGCUCUACCGAUCUUUCCGCCAUGACCUCCGCCCAUCUCCCUACCUCACGUCUCCUUUCCGCCGCCCCUAGUCAACCUCCGCCGCCCUACCUCGCCUUCCACCGCUCUACCGAUCCUUCCGCCAUCACCUCCGCCCAUCUCCUUACCUUACGUCUCCUUUCCGCCGCUCCAAUCAAUGUCCGUCGCCCUACGUCGCUUUCCGCUGCCCUACCGAUCCUUCCGCCACGACCUCCGCCCAUCUCCCUACCUCACGUCUCCUUUCCGCCGCCCCUAGUCAACUUCCGCCGCACCGCAUCGCAUUCCGCUGCCCUACCUAUCCUUCCGCCACGACCUCCGCCCAUCUCCUUACCUUACGUCUCCUUUCCGCCGCUCCAAUCAACUUCCGCCGCCUUACAUCGCCUUCCGCUGCCCUACUGA